CAUGGUUUAGUACUGCUUCUCAUGAUUCUCAGUCGAGGCCUAUUUUAUCUCGGCAGAAUGUUCAAUGACACCAAUUGUUGAGAUGUACAUAGCACAGGAAAUCUUAGAAGUGGAUUGAGGACAUGGAAUGGUUAACAGUUUCUCAUAUGAGAAUCUUGUAACUGGGAAAUCGUGUCAGCAUUAGCCAGUAGAUGCCUGGUAGUAUAUAUACAUCUACAUGCAAACAUGUGUGGGCUUGAUUCGUGUACAUACCAACACACAUAAUCAUAUUUAUUGGCUUAGGGUUUUGGAGUCUGCUUCCAGCAUUUGGCUGCAUUUCUUACUUUGCAAGUGAUUGUCUUUUACAGCACCCUGCAGAUGAAAGGAUCCGCUUGGAAGAACUACGUCAGAAGGUGCUAUCUGGAGAAAUGAAGAUAGUCACUUACCUAGAUACUGAGCAAAAAUUGGUCCUGCCUGAAAUAGGGUAUCAGUUGUUGCACAACUAUGCUGAUCAGAUUCAAAAUUGGGGUUGGCUCUGCAACAUUCGUUCUCUGGGUUCAAGGUCUUUUAAAAAGAAUCUGAAUCUUCUACACAGGCAGCCAACUGUUGUCACACUUAAUGCGGUGCCGUGUAUUGUAGGAGUCAAUUUGACUGAUGUAGAUCUCUUGGAAUUUCUUCAACAGCUUGCUGAUACAGAUGAAUCAUCAACUAUACCGCCAUCCGUUCAUCGGGUCCUUAACUCCAAAGCGUGUAGAGGUGCAAUAAUGUUUGGGGACACAUUGCUACCUUCAGAGUGUUCCCUAAUUGUGGAAGAGCUGAAGCAAACAUCAUUGUGUUUCCAAUGUGCUCACGGGCGACCAACAACUGUCCCUCUUGUCAACUUGGAGGCAUUGCAUAAGCAGAUAGCUAAGCUUGGAUUGUGGAAUGGUGGUUCUAAUGAAUUGUGGCAUGGGUUACAUCAGCAUGAACCCAGUUUAGAACGUGCAGCACAGCGUUUGAGCUCUGCCAGAGGUCUGUCUUGAUGAGUAACCAGUUGGUUUUCCAGAUUCAGUGGUGGCUGUGGUUCUCCACCAACGCGCCUUUUUUCCUUGCCAUUGUGAACCCAUUCUUUCAAUUUGUUAUGUAUAGUUCUCAUUCUGACCGCUGAAGUACCAAUAAUAUGUUGUACCAGUGUAACAGAGUCGUUUGUAGUUUGUAACGACAGUUAUUUGCACACAAUAAAAUCACACCUUAUUUUUUCA